AUCAUGGCAUGCAUUCCCGUAAUUCUUCAAAAUGUCGUUCGGUGGAUUUGGCAGCGCCGCGGUGACGCCGGCCGCGAGUCGCGCUGCGGCCGACUAUGACGUCCCUCCCGAUGUACCAGACAGCAUCCAAGACAUCGCAUGGAGUCCCACGGCGAACGUCUUGGCCGCGGGAUCCUGGGACAACCAUGUGCGAUGCUGGGAAGUUCAGCAGCAAGGCGCGAACUUCCAAGCCGUGGCUCGCGCGCAGUUUGCACACAAGGGUCCUGUACUUUGCACAGCCUUCAGUGGCGACGGCUCGACGGUGUUCUCUGGCUCGUGCGACAAGACUGCCAUGAUGUGGCAACUGGGCGGGAACAGCCAAGGCCAGCAAAUCGCGCAGCACGACCAGCCGAUUCGGUCUAUCCAGCACAUUGCGCAGGCCAACUGCGUGGUCACGGGCAGUUGGGACAAGACCGUCAAGUACUGGGACACGCGAUCCCCUCAGCCCCAGGCCACGGUGCAGCUCAGCGACCGCGUGUACGCGCUAGAUGUGUCGUACCCUCUCAUGGUGGUCGCCACCGCCGACAAGCAGAUCCAUUGCUUUGAUCUGAAGAAACCAUCCCAGAUCUACGCGACGCUCAAGUCGAGUCUCAAGUACCAGACGCGAUGCAUUGCAGCCUUCCCAGAUGCAUCAGGCUUUGCUGCGGGCUCGAUUGAAGGCCGCGUAUCGAUUCAACAUGUGGACGAAAAAGCCCGCGACCGCGACUUUUCAUUCAAAGCGCACCGAGAUAACACGACCAACUCGAUCUACCCAGUCACAAGCAUCAGCUUUCACCAAAACUCUGGGCGCAUCGCCACGACCGGCGCCGACGGAUCGUACGCUUUCUGGGAUAAGGAUGCGCGCAAGUUGCUCACGAAUUUCGCCAAACUCCCGAAUUACCAAGGGAUUUCCGUGGGCAAGUUCAACAAAACGGGCGAGAUCUUUGCGUAUGCGACAUCGUAUGACUGGCACAAGGGCGUCGAGCACUAUAACCCCCAAGCCCGGAAUGUCAUUCGACUGCAUCAUGUCGACGCCGCCGACAUGACGGUCAAAGCCAAAAAGUAGCUCCAACUACUUACUGGAUCUCCCUAGGCAGACUACAUCAGUUACAUUGUAACCAUUAUGCUGUUGGCAGUACAGUCGUACAUUGUCGUCGUGUAAAACCCAGUUGUUUAUAAAGAGUUAGUAGCGAU